GCGGGAAUGUUUGGACCUGACGGUUCCAACGAGUCGUGAUUGGUGGGAGAAGGCCGCAUUCUACCAGAUAUACCCACGAUCGUUCAUGGAUAGUGACGGUGAUGGUGUGGGAGAUCUGAACGGGAUCGCGUCGAAGCUACCGUACCUUAAAUCGAUCGGAGUGAAGGCAUUCUGGAUGUCACCAAUCUACAAGUCACCGAUGGUGGACUUUGGCUAUGACAUCUCCGACUUCCGGGACAUCCACGAGGAGUUCGGCACGAUGGCAGACUUCGCGCAGCUUGUCGAACAAGCACAUGCACUAGGGUUAAAGGUGAUCAUGGACUUUGUGCCGAAUCAUUCGAGCAACAUGCACGAGUGGUUUAUCAAGUCGGAGAAUCGGGAAGCGGGUUACGAGGACUACUACGUGUGGCAAGAUGGAAAAACCAAUCCGGCCGGUGGCCGCAACUUACCACCUAACAAUUGGAUUCAAGCAUUCCGUGGCAGUGCCUGGCAGUGGAGUGACAAACGGCAGCAGUACUACCUGCAUCAGUUCACCGUCGAACAGCCCGAUCUGAACUAUCGCAACCCAAAGGUGGUGCAAGAGAUGAUGGACGUGAUUACGUUCUGGUUGGAUCAGGGCGUGGAUGGGUUCCGCAUCGAUGCUGUUCCAACCCUGUACGAGGAUACGCAGCUGCGUGAUGAACCGGUAAGCGGACUAACAGAGGACACGGAGGACACCAACUAUCUGAGGCACAUCUACACGCAAGAUCUCCCUGAAACGGUCGAGAUGGUGUACGAGUGGAGGGCGCUAAUCGACAAGUACCAGCAGGAACAUGGCGGUGAAACGAGGGUCAUCAUGACGGAGGCCUACUCGUCGUUGGACGUCAUCAAGACGUACUACCACAGUACGAAUGGCACGUUGGGGUCUCACAUGCCGUUCAAUUUCCGUCUAAUCACCGAAGUAGAUCAAAACUCGAAAGCGUCCGACAUCGUCAAGGUGGUGCAGGAUUGGAUGAGCAUUCUGCCUGCCGGACAGGUCCCUAACUGGGUGUUGGGAAAUCACGAUCGUCCUCGCGUCGCUUCCCGGUUGGGUGUGGACAGGAUCGAUGCAUUGAACAUGCUUAUGCUCAGCUUAUCGGGAGCGAGUGUCACGUACCAGGGAGAAGAGAUCGGCAUGACGGACCUGUAUGCUGAAAAAUCACGAGAUCCCUGUCGAACUCCGUUCCAGUGGGACGACACGGCGAUGGCCGGGUUUACGACCGGUUCCAAAACGUGGCUACCCGUCGGACCUCUGUACAGAGAAGUGAACGUUCGUUUACAGGAGCAGGCGGACAAGAGCCAUCUGAAGGUGUAUCGGUCGAUGAUGGAGCUUCGAAAGACAAAAACCUUCCAGCUGGGAACGGUUAAAGCGAUCGCACUGAAGGAUACCGUGUUGGCGGUGGUUCGCGAACUGACGAACUACAGUACCUACAUCACGCUCGCUAACCUUGGCGAUCAGCUCGAGGUGGUCAGUGGUGUGGCGCUAGCUGAUUCCCUUCCCGAUAGGUUGUACUUCGAUGUCGUGAGUGUCGGAUCGCACAACAUUCGGGGUGGUGCUUUGGCAACGAAGGAUAUAGUGCUGUUGCCAUACGAAACGUUCGUAUUGAAAGCACGUGUUGCGCCAGUUGAAAAGGUAUACACAUCGAUUUGUGAAACUUGGUUUGUAUGAACAGAUCUAAACUUCCUAAUAAAAGAACAUAAAGCGAAGCUUUAAGAGUAGCUAAAAUAAGUUGCAAGUUUAAUUUUUGAAUU